AUGACGACGACGAAAUCGUCGGGCAGAUUUUUCACUAUCGGCUUAGUGGCAUCGUGGUAUUCAUCGAACAUUGGGGUGUUGCUUUUGAACAAAUAUUUGUUGAGCAAUUAUGGGUUCAAGUAUCCGAUCUUCCUCACCAUGUGUCACAUGACCGCGUGUUCUCUGCUCAGCUAUAUUGCGAUCGUGUGGAUGAAGAUGGUCCCGAUGCAGACUAUAAGAUCUAGGGUUCAGUUCAUGAAGAUCUCUGCUCUCAGCUUGAUCUUCUGCGCCUCGGUUGUCAGCGGGAACGUUUCGCUCAGGUAUUUGCCAGUCAGCUUCAACCAAGCCAUCGGGGCCACCACGCCUUUCUUUACGGCCGUAUUUGCAUAUUUGAUGACGCUCAAAAGGGAGGCGUGGUUGACUUACAUGACGCUGAUUCCAGUGGUUACCGGGGUCAUCAUUGCCAGCGGGGGAGAGCCAAGUUUCCAUUUAUUUGGAUUUAUUAUGUGUGUCGGCGCAACAGCCGCAAGAGCACUCAAAUCAGUUGUUCAGGGGAUUCUGCUUUCUUCUGAAGGGGAAAAGCUGAACUCUAUGAAUCUGCUCAUGUACAUGGCUCCUAUCGCUGUUGUAUUCCUACUUCCCACUGCACUCUUAAUGGAAGAAAAUGUAGUUGGCAUCACAUUGGCACUUGCAAGAGAUGAUAUCAGAAUUAUCUGGUUACUGUUAUUCAAUUCUGCACUCGCAUAUCUUGUCAACUUGACCAACUUUUUGGUCACAAAACACACCAGUGCUCUGACUCUUCAGGUCCUUGGAAAUGCAAAGGGGGCAGUUGCAGUAGUAAUCUCCAUAUUGAUAUUUAGAAAUCCCGUCUCUGUUACUGGAAUGCUUGGGUACACCCUGACAGUCAUUGGUGUUAUCCUCUAUAGCGAAGCCAAGAAGCGUAAUGUUGGUACCAUGUUUGAAGAUGGUGCAUGGAUUUUGCCUUGUGUUUAUUUUUUGCAUGGGAAGGCUGGGAAAGCAUCAUUUACACCAGCAUCUGACACCUGA